GACGGCCCCAAGCUGGUCCGUAGCCAUUUUGGCUCAAGCCAUUCUUGCGCAGGGCCUCGUCGACCGCUGCUCGCCAGCCCUCCGCGCGUCCGCUUGACCAGCCGGCGGGCGAAUGCCCCAGAGCCGCGAGCAGGUCCGCCCACCCCACCAGAGAGCGUCCCUGAGGCAGCUCGAGGCCGCGAAAAAGGUGACCCAAACACCCUGGACCAGGUCGGUGACGCCGGAAGUGAGCCCGCACAUCUCGUCAGCUGGUAUUGGGCAAUGUCCGCCGCCAGCAUCAAAAAAGCGUGAGUCGGUGGUGGCUCUCCAGGAGCGCCGGCUGGUCACCUCGGGCUGCGGCGCCUUCGAGCCCAAGGCAGACACACCAGCGCAGCACGGCUUCAGGCUGCUCGCCGCCGCGGAGCAGCUGCCCGGGGAGGGCGCCGCCGCCCACCAGCCGCCCGCCCCCCGGUCGCCGCGGCCCGCCGCCGCCGCGGAGCAGCUGCCCGGGGAGGGCGCCGCCGCCCACCAGUCGCCCGCCCCCCGGUCGCCGCGGCCCGCCGCCGCGGCCCGCCGCCGCGGGGGCCGCCCGCGGCGGAGGGGCGGCGGGCGCGUGCCCCUGCGCCUCCUGCCUGAGCUUCGUGGCGCCGCUGCUGGCCUCGCGGGACUGAGGCUCGCGGGGGGGAAAUCUCGGGCCAUGAAACAAUCACGACGGGAGACGUUGGCUCUCUGGGUCGGGGUGGAUGUUCUGCCCUCUAUCUUGGGGCGAGGGAGGAAGAGGGGCAGGCCUUCCGCAGCAGGGCGCAUAGCCGGGCGCGAGGCCUGGCCCCCCCCCUCGAAGCUAGGGGAACAACAAUUGUUUGUUGCUCUAUGGCGUGCGUCCCCAACGCUAGUGUAGACACCCAACCUUGUGUAGGCAUCGCCAACCUUGUGUAGGCAUCGCCUUUUAUGUCUAUGUCAUUUUUUGUUCCCCUCAAAGCGGAGCUGGCCGCUUUUCCGCGCUGGGGCCCCUGGCCCACGGUUCCAGGCUGCCCUCGCACGGCCACUCUCGGGCGGUGGGUCCGGUGGAGCCGCAUCCGCGGACACUGAUGAACCGUCGUCUGUUCUACAGCGUCAUGCCAGUCGCGCGACCUUUCGCAGGUCCAAUUUGCUGUCGCGUGAUUGUCGCAGGCCUUGACUUCUCUCGCGCUCGGAAAAAAAAGACGGCCCCAAGCCGGCCCCAG